AUGAUAAAUGUGCUGGACAAAAACAAGUCCAACAUGAGGAAGAAGUUUGGGAGCAUCUUUGAGGGGCUUGGAAAACGCGGAAACCCAACACAGCUUGACAAGAUUUACACAGAGCUCUACAUCACAGCUGGGGAGAGUGAAGGGGUUAACAGAGAACACGAGGUUUGGAAGAUACAGAAUACGUCUCGAACUAAAAUAUAUCAAGAAGAUGCAAUCAACUGCAAUGAUAUCUUCAAACCCUUACCUGGAGAAGAGGUAUUCAUUAGAACUGUGCUGACGAAGGGCAUCGCUGGCAUCGGAAAAACAGUCUCAGUGCAGAAGUUCAUCCUUGACUGGGCAAAAGGACGAGCCAAUCAGGAUGUAGAUUUCGUCUUCACCCUUCCAUUCAGGGAUUUGAAUCGAAACAAAUACGACCAGUACAGUCUGUUGGAGCUGCUGAGUGACUUCCACCCUGAACUUUCAGAUAUAGAAGACACAAAGAAGGUGGUCGACGAGUCUGACGUACAGAUCAUUCUGAAGCUUGGAAAACUAGCCUUCCAAGACUUGGAAAAGAGCAAUCUGGUGUUUUCUGAAGACGAUCUGAGAGGGUGUGGCAUUGAUGUCAAAGAAGCCGUCUUGCUCUCAGGGAUGUGCACAGAGAUCUCCAGAGAGGAGGACCCAAUGUUUCAAGCAAAGAUGUACAGCUUUGUGCAUCUCACCAUUCAAGAGUUAUUUGCAGCACUCUAUGUUGCUUACUCAUAUGCCAGUGAAAAUGUCAACCCAUUUUGUUUAAGAGACUACCAAGAGCUACCAAGAACAAAUUACAGUGAUUCUGGAGACACAUAUUUUGGAGACAGGGAUGAUGACUACAGGGAUGAUGGCUACAGUGAUGAUGGCUACAGGGAUGAUGACCACAGGGACGAUGACCACAGGGACGAUGACUACAGGGACGAUGACUACAGGGACGAUGACUACAGGGACGAUGACUACAGUGAUGAUGGCUACAGGGAUGAUGACUACAGGGAUGAUGAGUACAGGGACGAUGACCACAGGGACGAUGACUACAGGGACGAUGACCACAGGGACGAUGACUACAGGGACGAUGACUACAGGGAUGAUGGCUACAGUGAUGAUGGCUACAGGGACGAUGACUACAGGGACGAUGACCACAGGGACGAUGACCACAGGGACGAUGACUACAGGGACGAUGACUACAGGGACGAUGACUACAGGGACGAUGACCACAGGGAUGAUGACGAUAGGGACGAUGACUACAGGGUCGAUGACUACAGGGACGAUGACCACAGGGACGAUGACGAUAGGGACGAUGACUACAGGGACGAUGACUACAGGGACGAUGACUACAGGGACGAUGACUACAGGGACGAUGACUACAGGGAUGAUUGCUACAGCGAGGAUGAAGACUAUAGGCCACAAUACAGAGGUUCUCAGCAGCAGCAGAAAACACUGCAUGACUUGCAGAGGAGUGCGGUGGAUGAAGCUUUGAAGAGCAAGACCGGUCAUCUAGACCUCUUCCUCCGCUUCCUUCUGGGCAUCUCACUGGAGUCCAAUCAGAUCCUCUUGAAAUGCCUACAGCUCCAGACAGAGGGAGACAAAGAGAGUAUCCAGAAUACCAUCCAAUACAUCAAAGACAAGCUCUCAGACGAAAAACAAAGACAAUAUCCAUCCCCAGAGAGGUGCAUCAAUCUCGUCCACUGUUUGAUCGAGUUGAACGAUACCUCGUUUGGCAAACACAAGUCCAACAUGAAGAAGAAGUUUGGGAGCAUCUUUGAGGGGCUUGGAAAACGGGGAAACCCAACAUUGCUGGACAAUAUUUACACCGAGCUCUACAUCACAACUGGGGAGAGUGAAGGGGUUAAUAAAGAGCAUGAGGUAUGGCAGAUUGAAGAUACGGCUCGGACCAAAGCAUUUCAAGACCAUGCAAUCAACUGCAAUGACAUCUUUAAAUCUUUAGACCCUAAGACAGAGGAACAUAAUGACAAAUCCCAAUCCAAACAAGCGGUACCCGUCAGAACUGUGCUGACAAAGGGAAUCGCUGGCAUUGGAAAAACGGUCUCAGUGCAGAAGUUCAUCCUUGACUUGGCAGAAGGAAUAGCCAAUCGGGAUGUAGAUUUUGUCUUCGCACUUCCAUUUAGGGACAUGAAUUUCAUCAAAGAUGACUACAAUCUCUUGGAACUCCUGAGUGACUUCCACCCUGAACUAACAGAUAUCAAGGAUGCAAAGAAGGUGGUCGACUGCAAAGUCGUGUUCAUCUUGGAUGGUCUGGAUGAAAGCCAACUUCCACUGGAUUUCCAUAACAACAAGAGGUUGUCUAAUGUAACCAAGACAACAUCAGUGGACGUGCUGCUGACAAACCUCAUCAAGGGGAAUCUGCUUCCUUCUGCUCUCCUCUGGAUAACCUCCCGACAAGCAGCAGUUGAUAAGAUACCCUCUGACUCUUUUGACCGUGUAACAGAAGUUCGGGGAUUCAACGACCCACAGAAAGAAGAAUACUUCAAGAAGAGAUUCAGUGAUGAUGAGAACCUGUCCAGCAAAAUCAUCUCACACAUAAAGACAUCGAGGAGUCUCUUCAUCAUGUGCCACAUUCCAGUCUUCUGUUGGAUUACUGCCAUGGUUCUUGGGAAAAUGUUGAGUGAAAAUGACCAUGGAAAAGUCCCUAAAACUCUGACUGAGAUGUACAUUCGUUUCCUUCUCACUCUGACAAGCAUGAAGAACAAGAAAUAUAAUGGGAAAAACGAACCAGAUCCUCGUAUUCUGUCAGAGUCUGACGUACAGAUCAUUCUGAAGCUUGGAAAACUAGCCUUCCAAAAUUUGGAAAAGAGCAAUCUGGUGUUUUCUGAAGACGAUCUGAGAGGGUGUGGCAUUGAUGUCAAAGAAGGCUUCUUGCUCUCAGGGAUGUGCACUGAGCUCUUCAGAGAGGAGGACCCAAUGUUUAGAGCAAACAAGUACAGCUUUGUGCAUCUCAGCAUUCAGGAGUUCUUCACUGCACUCUAUGUUGCCUACCUCUUUGUCAGUGAAAAUGUCAACCCGUUUGCAUCAAGAGAGAACAGGCUACCAAGAUCGAAUUACGGGUAUUUUGGAGAAGGUGAUGACUUCAGUGAGGACGAAGAUUACAGGCCACAACCCAGAGGUUCUCAGCAGCAGCAGAAAACACUGCAUGACUUGCAGAGGAGUGCGGUGGAUGAAGCUUUGAAGAGCAAGACCGGUCAUCUAGACCUCUUCCUCCGCUUCCUUCUGGGCAUCUCACUGGAGUCCAAUCAGAUCCUCUUGAAAUGCCUACAGCUCCAGACAGAGGGAGACAAAGAGAGUAUCCAGAAUACCAUCCAAUACAUCAAAGACAAGCUCUCAGACGAAAGACAAUAUCCCUCCCCAGAGAGGUGCAUCAAUCUCUUCCACUGUUUGAUUGAGUUGAACGAUACCUCAUUUGUAAAUGAAAUUCAAAGGUUCUUGACAUCCAAAAACCCUGCUGAGAAGAAGCUGACGCCUGCACAGUGCUCGGCGAUGGCAUACGUACUCUUGAUGUCAGAGGAAGUGUUGGACAAACUGGACGUGAGAGAGUACAACACGUCAGAUGAGGGGCGUAAGAGGCUGGUCCCUGCUGUUCGAUGCUGCCGAAAGGCUAUACUAGCGGACUGCUGCCUUACAACGAGUUGCUGUGAAACGGUGGCAUCUGCACUACAGCUGCCCGACUCCCAGCUGAGAGAGCUGGACCUCAGCGGCAACGCCCUGUUGGACCUGACGUCCCUCUCUGUUGGACUGAGGAGUCCCAACUGCCGACUGGAGUCACUUAACCUCAGCCAUAUCAACAUGGAAAGACCAGGACCAGAGCUACUCACCAGUUGUGAUCUCAAAGAUGACAUUUGUGAAACCGUUGCCUCGGCUCUCCAGGCAGCUGGCUCAUGUCUGACAGAGCUGGAUCUCAGCUACAACAAACUGACAGACACAGGGGUGAAGCAGAUCUCCAGUGGUCUUAUGAGUCCACACUGUAACCUGAAGAUACUGAGACUGACUGGUUGUGGGGUUACAGAGGAGUCCUGUGGAAGUUUGUCCUCUGCUAUAGCAGUCUGUCAGCUCGAGGAGCUACGUCUGGGCUGCAACAAACUGGGAGACUCUGGAGUAAAGCUGCUGUCUGCUGGACUGAUGGAUCCACACUGUCAGAUACAGACUCUGGGGCUAAGGGAGUGUAAUCUCUCCAGACGUUCCUGUGUCUCCCUGGCUCCUGUCCUGUGGUCAUACUCAGUACUGAGAGAGCUGGACCUGAGAGACAACAGCCUGUGGUACUCUGGAAUGAGGCUCCUCUCUGCUGGACUGAGGAACCCCAAUUGUGCCUUACAGACUCUUAGUUUGGACCAUGGUGGAGAGUCCAGAAUCAAACCAGGCCUGAGGAAAUAUGCCUGCCAGCUCAAGCUGAACGAUAUGUCAGCAGAUAGUGACCUGACUCUGUCCGAGGACAACACGAGGGUGGUGAGGAGAACGCAGGUUAACCGAUAUCCUCAUUUGGAUUUCUCGGAUUCAGAUGACUCAGAUCGGACAGAAGAGUUGGAUAAGUGGGCCAAAAGACAAGUCAUCCAGCUACUGUCCAACACGAGGAAGAAGUCUGGGAACAUCUUUGAGGGCAUUGCAAAACGUGGAGAUCCAACGUUGCUCAACAGGAUCUACCCAGAGCUCUACAUCACAGAGAGUGAAGGGGAGAACAGAGAGCACGAGGUUUGGAAGAUGGACGACGCGGCUCGGACCAAAGCAUUUCAAGACCAUGCAAUCAACUGCAAUGACGUCUUCAAAUCCAUAUUCCAACAAGAGGCAUCCGUCAGAACUCUGCUGACGAAGGGUAUCGCUGGCAUCGGAAAAUCAGUCUCGGUGCAGAAGUUCAUCCUUGACUGGGCAGAAGGACGAGCCAAUCAGGAUGUAGAUUUCGUCUUCACCCUUCCAUUCAGGGAUUUGAAUCGAAACAAAGACGACCAGUACAGUCUGUUGGAGCUGCUGAGUGACUUCCACCCUGAACUUUCAGAUAUGGAAGACACAAAGAAGGUGGUCGACUGCAAAGUCGUGUUCAUCUUGGAUGGUCUGGAUGAAAGCCAACUUCCACUGGAUUUCCAUAACAACAAGAGGUUGUCUAAUGUAACCAAGACAACAUCAGUGGACGUGCUGCUGACAAACCUCAUCAAGGGGAAUCUGCUUCCUUCUGCUCUCCUCUGGAUAACCUCCCGACCAGCAGCAGUUGAUAAGAUACCCUCCGACUGUUUUGACCGUGUAACAGAAGUUCGGGGAUUCAACGACCCACUGAAAGAAGAAUACUUCAAGAAGAGAUUCAGUGAUGAUGAGAACCUGUCCAGCAAAAUCAUCUCACACAUAAAGACAUCGAGGAGUCUCUUCAUCAUGUGCCACAUUCCGGUCUUCUGUUGGAUUACUGCCAUGGUUCUUGGGAACAUGUUGAGAGGAUCCUGUUCUGAAGAAGUCCCUAAAACUCUGACUGAGAUGUACAUUUGUUUCCUACUCACUCUGACAAACCUGGAGAACAAGAAGCAUGGGAAAAAUGAAACAGACCUUCGGAAACUGUCAGAGUCUGACGUACAGAUCAUUUUGAAACUUGGAAAACUAGCCUCCCAUAACCUGUUAAAGAGCAAUCUGGUGUUUUCUGAAGAAGAUUUGAGAGAGUGUGAUAUUGAUAUCAAUGAAGCCUUUUUGGGCUCAGGGAUGUGCACAGAGAUCUUCAGAGAGGAGGACCCAAUGUUUAGAGUGAAGUUGUAUAGCUUUGUGCAUCUCAGCAUUCAGGAGUUCUUCGCAGCACUCUAUGUUUCCCAUUGUCAUGCCAAUGGUUUGCCAUGGAUUUCACCAUGGGUUUCACUAUAUUUCGGAAAGCUGGAUACAUUGCAUGACUUACACAGGUGUGCAGUGGAUAAAGCGUUCCACAACAAGAACGGCCACCUGGACCUCUUCCUCCGCUUCCUUCUGGGCAUCUCACUGGAGUCCAAUCAGAUCCUCUUGAAAUGCCUACAGCUCCAGACAGAGGGAGACAAAGAGAGUAUCCAGAAUACCAUCCAAUACAUCAAGGUCAAGUUAUCGACUGAAUGGUUUGUUUCCUCAGAGAGGUGUAUCAAUCUCCUCUACUGUUUGAUUGAGCUGAAGGACAACUCCCUGGUGAAUGAAAUUCUAAAGUUCCUGACCUCCCAAAGUCUCUCCAAGAUUGAGCUGACACCUGCUCAGUGCUCAGUGCUGGCGUACAUGCUGUUGAUGUCAGAGGAGGUGCUGGAUGAAUUUGACACGAGAAAAUACAACACGUCAAGUCAGGGCCGUAGCAGACUCCUCCCAAUAGUUAGAUACUGCAGGAAGGCUAUGCUAGUGGCCUGCUAUUUCACAGACGACUGCGCUGAAAUUUUGGCAUCAGCUAUCCAAAUGCCUGGCUCACACCUGAGAGAACUCAGCAUAAUCUACAGCCAGCUGGAGAACCAGAAGCCCUUCAUAGACGCGCUGGCAAGUCCCAACAACAGACUAGAGUCACUAGACAUCAGUCAUAUCCAAGGGUUUUCAACAACUGAGCUGGAGGUGCUAACUGCUGCACUGAAUCAAUCUUACAGUCAGCUGCACACACUAAGGUUUCCUGGGUGUUGGCUCGACGAGAGCUGCGGUGAAAUUGUGGCUUCAGCUCUGGCGUCAGAGAACAGCCAUCUGAGAGAGCUGGACCUCAGCGACAACAAACUGACAGACACCGGGGUGGAGGGGAUCUCCACUGGGCUUAUGAGUCCACACUGUGAACUGAAGAUACUGAGACUUGUCCGUUGUGAGGUCACUUCCUGUGGAAGUUUGGCCCCUGCUCUAGCAGCCUCCCAGUUGGAGGAACUGCAUCUGAGCUGCAACACCCUGGGCAACAUGGGACUGAAGCUGCUCUCUGCUGGACUGGAGGAUCCACACUGUCAGAUACAGAAACUGGGACUGAGGCAGUGUAAUCUAUCAGAGUUAUCCUGUGAGUCCCUGUCCUCUGUCCUGUGUUCAAACUCAACCCUGAUAGAGCUGGACCUGAGAGACAACGACUUGGGGGAUUCAGGAGUGGAGCGACUCUCUGCUGCCCUGGGGGACCCUCGCUGUGCCUUGCAGGUUUUGGGGCUGUCUGGUUGUCUGGUCACAGAGGAAGGCUGUGCUUCUCUGGAUUCAGCUCUGAGGUCAAACCCCUCCCACCUGAGAGAACUGGACCUGAGCUACAAUCACCCAGGACACUCUGGAGUGAAGCUGCUCUCUGCUAGACUGGAGGAUCCACACUGUAGACUGGAUAAACUCAAUGUGGACUUGUGUGGAGAGUGCAGGAUCAAACCAGGCCUGAGGAAAUAUUCCUGUGAGCUCACCCUGGACCCAGAUUCUGCACACAUUGACCUGAGGCUGUCUGAGGAUAGGAGGACAGUGUUGUGGAGAGAGGACAAUGCUAACAGUCAGAGUAGUGCUAGCAUAGGAAACGAAGCUAACAAUGCUAACAGUGGGGAUGGUGCUAGCAUAGGAAACGAAGCUAACAAUGCUAACAGUGGGGACGGUGUUAGCAUAGGAAACGAAGCUACAAGAGGGGAAGAAUCAAAUAAAUGGAUUGAUCCAUCAAUUUGUACAAGAUCCCUGUCUGUGCAUUGUACCAAGGGUUUAUCUACUGGACGUUUCUACUGGCAGGUGGAGGCCACAGGAUGGUUUGAUAUUGGGGUUAUUAUCAAAGAAAACAAUAGUAUCUACAAUAUGUAUGACCUCGUGGUAAUAUGUAUGACCUUUAUGGUAUAAUGAUGUCAUGCCAUAGUGUUGUGAGGACAGAGGAAGAGUUAAGAGAUGAGUGGUUUGGGGCCA